AUGGCUUCCUGGGUGGAUACGCGGACACUACACCAGAAACCGUUGAGAGAGAAACGGAAGAGUUCCGAGACGCUGCCCGAUGACCAAUUGAUCCACCUGAAAAGCUACCGUUACCAGGCGGUCGACAAAUCACUCAUCUCGCGGUACAUCCUAAAGCACUACUGGAACUUCAUGGUUGAGCUGCUGCCGCGAUGGCUCGCGCCGAAUGCGGUCACGCUGAUCGGCUUCGGGUUCAUCGUCACGAAUGUCGCGUGUCUGGCCUACUUCAUGCCCGACCUGGUGGGGCCCGGGCCGAGCUGGCUCUACUAUUCGUUUGCGUUCGGGCUGUGGGCGUACUCGACGAUGGAUAACAUCGAUGGGAAGCAGGCGCGGAGGACGGGGUCCAGCUCGCCGCUGGGGGAGUUGUUUGACCAUGGUAUCGAUUCUCUCAACUGCACUUUAGCUAGUCUUUGCGAAACUGCGUCUAUGGGCCUGGGACCCUCGAAGGCUGGCGCUUUCACGGCGCUGAUUCCGUGCUUGCCCAUGUUCUUCUCUACUUGGGAGACUUACCACACCCACGUUCUCUACCUUGGAUACUUCAACGGCCCGACGGAAGGUCUCAUCAUUGCCUGCAGUUUGAUGGCUGCGUCUGGUUACUACGGGCCUGAAAUCUGGACCCACAAGCUCUCUGAGGUUUUCGGCGACCACUGGAUCUUUGGCGACUACUCUAUCCGCGACAUCUGGAUCCCGGUCAUUCUCGGCUCGUUCUUGGUCGCACACUUGCCUUUCUGUGUUUAUAAUGUGAUUGUAGCCCGGCGCCGCCAGAAUCUACCCGUACUCCCGAUCUUCUUGGAAUGGACCCCGAUCAUCAUCUUCACUGCCAGCUGUGUUUUCUGGCUCGGCAGCGAGCAUAGCAGCUUGUUGACUGAGAACCACUUGAUCCUGUUCUGUAUCACUAUGAGCUUUGUGUUUGGGCGCAUGACUACCAAGAUCAUCCUGGCACACUUGACAAAGCAGCCGUUCCCAUAUUGGACCAUCAUGUUGGCGCCGUUGAUGGGCGGUGCUGUGUUGGUCAACCUGCCACUUGUUGGACUCCCUGCGAUCACUCCGCUCUACGAGCUCUACUACCUCCGCGCCUACUGCGCGUUUGCCUUUGUCGUGUACACGCGCUGGGCGAUGUUGGUCAUUGAUGCCAUCUGCGGCUACCUCGGAAUCAGGUGUCUCCGCAUCCCCUACCCGCCCCCGGUCAGGCCGGGAGUGCUCAACGGCGUCACCAGCCCCAAGAAGCAGAGGGCGGCGUAA